CCGGAAUCGCUGCGAAGUGAACCGGAAGAGCGACCACUUCGGAGCGAAGCGGAAGAUGGCCUCUCCGUAGGAGCCAAAAAAAAAGAGGGCGUCUUUCGUCCGUCUCUCUAACCUCAGGUUUCUUUGCGUGUUAACUGUGAGUUGGUAUGGAUAAGCUAUUGGAGUUUGGAAGGAAGGCUCUAUUCUAUGCGAGGGUCCUCUCUGGGUAUGAAGAACGGAGGAUAAGAUCUUUCAGACUGCAGGUCGAGAAGCGCCUUCAACAGGCUCAAGAAAGGAAGGUAUCCUUAAGAAAGGUCCCCGAGCAAGUAAUUUUGUCUGAGGUUCGGCGAAUGGUUGAAGAGAUGCAAGCUUUAAAUAAAAGGCUGGAAGAAACUGAGUCUGCUAUUGAAGAGUACUUCAAGCCAAUUGACAAGCAGGCUGAGGCAAUCAUGAAAAUGCAGCUCGAGGGUGAGGAGAGGACAAUGAAGGAGAUGGUAAAAACCAUGCAGAGACAAGCCUUGCAUGAGAGAGAGGACUUAGACAAAUUGACAAAUGCGAAAUGUGCUGAUGUAGAUCAACAUAAGCAGAUUCCAAGAAAAAAGGAGGAAACGAGAACGUGAACAGGUAAUGGUGUGUAGCAAUUAUUGGCAAAGUAGUCACUAUUCGAAGAUUGAGACAAUUUUGUGGAGCCCAAGCAAUUGGUUUUAGGCUUUUAGUUAGUUAUUACAAAAAAAAAAAAAAAGAAUUUGCGCUUCUGGCCAACACUUUGUAUAACUCUUAUUCGGCUUUCAUUGUAAUAAUUGUACGAAGGUUACAUCCUAAGUCCAAAUUCCGGCAGCAGCUACUGAAUUCAGGGUGUUAUUUCUUCUCAUGGUAUAGUUACUUGAUUUCCAAGGA